AUGGGGAGAGGAAAGGUACAACUAAGGAGGAUAGAGAACAAGAUAAACAGGCAGGUAACUUUCUCAAAGAGGAGAGGAGGGCUAUUGAAGAAAGCCCAUGAGAUCUCGGUUCUUUGUGAUGCCGAAGUUGCUUUAAUUGUCUUCUCCAACAAAGGAAAGCUCUUUGAGUUCUCUACUGACUCUUGCAUGGAGAGCAUCUUGGAGCGAUAUGAACGAUAUUCUUACACUGAGAGACAGCUAGUUGCAGCAGAUGCUGCACCGAGAAGCUGGACCCUGGAGUACAACAAACUUAAAUCUAGGGCUGAGCUCUUACAAAGAAAUCACAGGCACUAUAUGGGUGAAGAUAUAGAGUCAUUGAGCUUGAAAGAGAUCCAAAAUUUGGAGCAACAACUGGAUACUGGUCUUAAGAAUAUUCGCUCAAGAAAAAAUCAACUCCUGCAUGAAUCAAUCUCCGAGCUUCAGAAAAAGGGGAAGGCUAUACAGGAGCAGAACACUACAUUGACAAAGAAAAUCAAAGAGAAGGAGAAAGAGAAGACAAUAACACAAAACGUUCCAUGGGAACAGCAUAACUAUGUCGAUACUGAUGCAACCUUCCUCAUGCCACCACCACCUCCUGCUCUCAACAUUGGAGAAAAUUACAACCAAGGUGGUGGUGGUGGAGAAGCAGCUGAAGGGAGGACCAACGACCUCGACCUCAGUCUGCAGCCGAUAUAUUCAUGCCACCUGAGGUGCUUUCCUUCAUGA